AUGGACAGGUUGCAUUCGUCCAUGCGUAAAAGGCUCUACAGUUUGCCUCAGCACAUCGGACAGAAAGCUACGAUCAUGGGUGAAGCUGAAGACACCGACAAGGACACCCGGAGGAAGAGCAUCCGGAUGAAACCCCUGCUGUCGCCGACCACCGGGGGUGCGAGCUGCAAAGGGGAGACCAAAAGCGGAGAGCCCUUGAUCAUGGAGACGGACAUCGGGAGACCCGUGAAAACCAGUUCCAACGGGGACUGCCGGAGGUUCCGGGGCAGCCUUUCGUCCAUCACCAGUCGGCACGUCCAUGACUCGGAUGCAGCGGAGGAGAGGCGUCUGAUCACGGAGGGAGAAGCCACCCCGAGCGAGGAGAGCCCCCCUGGAGCCGCGGGUGGCGGCGUGGAGCCCGGGGCGCAAGGCGGCGCCGGCGAUGAUGCCCCCGGUACGAGCCAGCAGCAGGGCACCCCCGAUCAGCAGGCUGGCUUUAUAAAGUUGGAGGGCAUCGAGCAGAUUUUACCGGACGAUGAGAGAUAUUACCAAGCCGGCUUCAUGCACAGGCAGUUCGGGGCGAUGCUGCAACCAGGGGUCAACAAGUUCUCCCUAAGGAUGUUUGGGAGCGAGAAGGCGGUGGAACGGGAGCAAGAACGGGUAAAAUCCGCUGGGUUCUGGAUUAUUCACCCCUACAGUGAUUUCAGAUUUUACUGGGAUCUCACCAUGCUGCUCCUAAUGGUGGGAAAUCUAAUCAUCAUUCCUGUGGGCAUCACCUUCUUCAAAGACGAGCACACGCCACCGUGGAUCGUUUUUAAUGUGGUUUCUGACACGUUCUUUCUCAUGGAUCUGGUGUUAAACUUCCGCACCGGGAUCGUAAAGGAGGAUAACGCAGAGAUUAUUCUGGACCCUCAGCAGAUAAAGGUCAAAUAUCUGCGCUCAUGGUUUGUGGUGGACUUCAUAUCCUCCAUCCCUGUGGACUACAUCUUCCUUAUCGUGGAGACACGGAUAGAUUCGGAUUUCUACAAAACGGCACGUGCUCUCAGGAUUGUACGCUUUACGAAGAUUCUCAGUCUGCUUAGACUCUUGCGGCUUUCGCGGCUCAUACGCUACAUUCACCAGUGGGAGGAGAUCUUUCAUAUGACCUAUGACCUGGCCAGUGCAAUGGUGCGAAUCGUGAAUUUAAUUGGAAUGAUGCUGUUGUUGUGUCACUGGGAUGGCUGCCUGCAGUUCCUGGUACCCAUGCUGCAAGAUUUCCCUGCCGACUGCUGGGUCUCCAAGAACAAGAUGGUGAACGAUACGUGGGGACAGCAAUAUUCGUACGCGCUCUUCAAGGCUAUGAGUCACAUGUUGUGUAUCGGGUAUGGCAUGUACCCACCUGUCGGUAUGACAGAUGUGUGGCUGACCAUUCUCAGCAUGAUUGUGGGUGCGACGUGCUACGCCAUGUUUGUUGGCCAUGCCACCGCUCUGAUUCAGUCGCUGGAUUCGUCACGGAGACAGUACCAGGAGAAGUACAAGCAAGUGGAGCAGUAUAUGUCCUUCCAUAAGCUGCCAGCGGACAUGAGACAGCGGAUCCAUGAUUACUAUGAGCACAGGUACCAAGGGAAGAUGUUUGAUGAAGAGAGCAUUCUGGGUGAACUGAAUGAACCGCUGAGAGAGGAGAUUAUAAACUUCAACUGUCGAAAGUUGGUGGCAUCUAUGCCGUUGUUCGCCAACGCGGAUCCUAAUUUUGUGACAUCAAUGCUCACCAAACUUCGCUUCGAGGUCUUCCAACCUGGAGAUUACAUCAUACGGGAAGGAACUAUUGGAAAAAAGAUGUACUUCAUCCAGCAUGGUGUCGUGAGCGUGCUCACUAAAGGAAACAAGGAGACCAAGCUGUCGGAUGGAUCAUACUUUGGAGAGAUUUGUCUGCUGACACGGGGUAGACGCACUGCCAGCGUUCGGGCAGAUACAUACUGCCGUCUGUAUUCACUGUCUGUGGACAACUUCAAUGAAGUCCUGGAAGAGUAUCCCAUGAUGAGGAGAGCAUUCGAGACCGUUGCUCUAGACCGCCUGGAUCGCAUCGGGAAGAAGAACUCUAUUCUUCAGCAUAAGGUCCAGCACGACUUGAAUUCAGGGGUUUUGAACUAUCAGGAGAGUGAAAUCAUCCAACAGAUUGUGCAGCACGAUCGGGACAUGGCUCACUGUGCCAACCUAAUGCAAAUCCCAUCUCCACCUGCUCCACCUUCUCCAACACCUGUUAUCUGGGCCCCACUAAUCCAGGCACCUCUACAGGCUGCUGCUGCAACCACUUCGGUUGCUAUUGCAUUAACCCACCAUCCCCAUCUUCCUGCUGCUCUCUUCCGACCUCCUGUUUCUGUCCUGGGAUCGAGGAAGGAGCCAUCCAGCCGGUUGAAGAGGUUUCAAACUGUGGUACCGAAGUCAGGAGGCUCUGGAUCAAUUGGUGACUCCCCUUCCAGUUCGCCUUCAAAGCUUCUGACUGGGUUUGAUACCCCUCUUCUCGCAACCCUUCAGACACAGCACUUGUCAGGUGCCACUGCUUUCAGCAGUACCAGCCAGCAGGCUUGCGGUAGCAGCUCACAGUCUGGGCCCGGUGGGGCAUCUGCAUUCCCAUUUGGGAGCUUCCCUUCCUCCUCGACAUCGCCAAUGUCCAGUACCGCACAGCUCCAUUCACAGCCCCGACAGAAACAGCCCAUUCCUCCUAGCACCCCUCCACUGUCAGGACACCUCCAGAAAGGGGCGACAGCAGGUGCCCCAGGGGGAGGCUCUGGGAGUGUUAUUGGGUAUUCGUCAAGUGGAGCAACAGGUGGUGUGAUUGGGGGAGCGCAAGGGGACCCUUCCGGUGGACUUUCAGCUGGUUGCUCUGGGGGCGGAUCAGUUGACGUCGCAAGUGGGAUCUUGUCUACAACCUCGUCAAAUAAUAGCCCUCUUUCCACAGGCUUGUUCAGUCAUGCCCCUAGUCAGUUAUUACAUGGCCAGCCUCCAUCAAAACCCACUCAAAUGGGCUCCUUACAGCAGUUUGCUGGUGGAGGGGGCAAGACAUCAACAGGGUUGAACAUCUUGCAUACUCCCCCACAUGGAUCCCCUUCUUCUAGCUAUGCCCAAACCAAUGACGGUUCUACAUCAUCACAUACCCUACCCACUUUAGCCAGCCUACAAUCCAGCUACCUUCCCCAACUUCCUUUAGAAAGGUCAGCGCUAGCUUCCCUGGCUCAAUACGGCUCAGCUAACGCCUCACCUUGCUAUACCCCUUUAGCCCCUAGUCCAACUAUCCACAGCCCUGUUACAGGGAGAACUUUCCAAUAUAGUGACCCUUCCAGUGCAGGUGGCUCUCACAGCUCUCUGCUCCUACCCCAAUCCUCCUGUCCUGGCCAGCUCCCAGGCCAUCAUGCCUCAGGGACGGACUCCCCACUGGGCCGCUUUUAUGAGGAUUUGAAUAUACUUUCCAGUUCCCACCCUUCACUAGUUAUAGAGGGGGCCCAAGCUAUGGGUCAGUCUUCCCCUCUGUCCAUUAUGGAGCCUGGUUACUGCCUCUCCCCCUAUUCAUCACCAAUGCUUACGCCCAAGCCCUGCAGCUCGGUAUCUGGGCAUAUGGCUACCCUGGUACAAACUUCUCCUGGGUCAAGAGCCCAGGCUCAUUCUAUAGGGACGUCACCUGCACUUUCUCUCCCGAGUGCCUCAGACGCCCAUUCGUCUGAACUAGAACCACUACGUUCUAAACUUCCUUCCAAUUUGUGA